GUCAAAUAAUUUGCCAUUUCCACUUCUCUUUGUUGACAAAUAUUGUGUAUUAUUUAUUUAGACUAUUAAUGGACAUAUUACUCAUACAAGAUCUCUUACAUUAAUUUUACGUUUCGACCACAGUAACUUUAUAAAUCACAUAACAAAAUGUGUGAUGUAUUACAAUCUGUAAAAGAACAAUUAGUUGAUAUUGAAAAUGAAUGUAUCUCUCCAUGUAUAAAGCCUAAUGAUGUGUAUAAUGCAGCUGAGCCUUCUUUACAAAAUAUGCCAUUGGAGAUUAUAUUAAAAAUAUGCUCAUAUUUAGAUGCAAAUUUUAUAAAAAAUAAUUUGAGCAAAGUAUGUCAGAGAUUUAAUGACAUUUUAGAUGAUAUAAGCCUUUGGAAGUAUAGAGUUAGUUGUAAAGUAAGGGGAUGUUUUCCUCCUUUAUCCAAUUUGGACAGUUGGAAAGAGAUUGAUGUGGACUGGACUGAUAUGUGUAUUGAAAUGGAAGCUGAGAGAAAUAAAUGGUGCAAUGUGGAUAAAACAACAAAACACUUAGUCAUAAAAGAUGUUCAUUAUGCAUCGGUUGAUGCAGUUAUUUUGGUUAAUAAAGGUCAAACAUGCAUUUCUGGUGGCAGAGACAGAUGUUUAGCUCUUUGGAAUGUAUUAGAUAUACAAAUAGAUGAUAAUAUUGAUACUGUGUUAACGGAUCUCAAGCCUACAAAAAUUAGACAUGAUGCUCAUGCUGGUUGGGUCUGGGACUUAGCUACAGUGGAUGUAGAUUCGGCAAAUACAGUGUAUUCUGCCUCCUGGGACAACACUGUCAAAGCAUGGGACAUUAAUUGUGGAUUUGAGUGUAUAGAAACAUUCAACUGUAGUAUGUCUGCCCUUGCCGUGGUUGCAUAUGGAAACAAUGUGAUGGCUGGUUUAUAUUCUAAAAAAAUAUUGACAUUUGAUAUUCGUUGUGGUCCCAAUCCUACAAAUGUAUACAAGCCACAUCGUGGUCCAAUUUUGUCGUUAACAACUCAUAAGAAUCAAAUUGCAUCUGUAAGUGAGGACAAAACAUUAGCAAUAUUUGACAUCGUAGCUGGGAAAAUACUGAAAACUGAUAUAAAAAUGCCAUCGGAAAAAGCAUACCCAGUGAGCUUGAGUUGGAAUACAUAUGCAUUGUAUAUCGGCGAUUCGAAAGGAUGUCUUCACCUCUUUGAUCCUAUUAACCAUAACUAUGUUAGAAGACAUGAGCUGUGGCAAGAAGCCUCUAUAACCGAACCUUCAAAUAGAAUAGCUGGUUGCCACCAGGGUGAAGGUACUUUAAUUGCAUGUUCAGACAGAGGUGAAAUUAAAUUUUUAUACAAUUCAAGUCCACCAACGGAGUAUAAAAGUAUGCAAACUAGCACCGUGGAUGUUACACAGUUGCAGUAUCUAAAUGGAAUUUUAGCUGUUGGAACAUGCGAUUCGGCUCUUGAGUUUUGGAUUCCUAAUGAAAAAUUUAAUCACAAUAACUUAUAAAUAAUUUUACAAUUAGAUAAUAACAAUUAUUAAAAAUAUAAUAUAAAAAUUAUAAUAAAUUAUUAACGCAAAGCUUCCUAACUUUAUAUUAUGAAGGUUUAAUUGUGGAACAAGUAGUAAUUAAACUAUAUGUUAAAGCAUAAUAUUUUUAUACCUAAAACUGCUAAAACGACAAUUUUAUAUACUUACAAAAUUAAAUUAAUAAAAAAGUAAAAUCUCACGCUUAUUGAGAAGAACAGCUAUGGAAAAAUACCCAAAAUCUUACGAACACUCCUAAUAUAUAUUUAUUUCUUCUACAACAUUCCUGAAACAAUAUAUUACAUAUUUAAUUAAAAUAAAUAUCUACAGCUAAUUAAAUUAAAAGAUUAAGCGCACAAAAUGUCUAAUCUGAAAAUUCACAAAUCUUUGUAUUGCCUAAAACCUAGUCUGUAAUCACAUUUUUUUUUUAAACCUUUGUUUAAAUUUUAUAUUGUGUUUCUUUUAGACUAAAAUUAAACCAUAAUAUUAAUUGUUUUCAUAACGAUUAACUUUUAA